AGCCGCAUCCAAGUACACGUCCGUCUCACAGUACUCUGGAGCCUUUGGAAUUUGAUGUGUCUCAUUCGCCAGGACCCGUUGACGAUUCGUCCGCACGGCUACGGGACCUUAAUAUGUGUGAUUUGCGGCUUCUCCAAUAUUAUCUUCUGAACACAGCGAAAAAGAUGAGCUUAAAUUCAGAAAGAGGAAUGGUUUGGCAACGCGUUAUUCCAGACUUAGCGUCGCAGAACGAAUUCUUGAUGCAUCUAGUGCUGUCGUUGGCCGGCGUUCAUCUUUUAGUGGAAAAGGCCUUAUCGGAGUGCCAAAAUCAAAACAACACCGACAUCGUCAGCGACGCAGAUGCGGUGGCCGGAGACCUCAACAAACCGGCUCUAAUAGAUCUUCAAUUUGUGAUAGAACACCACCAGAAAGGUUUACGAAAGUUCCAAGAAGAAUUACCUACAGUAUCAGCUGCCAAUGCCGAAGCUGUAUCUUGCGGAUCUUUCUUACUCGUUGCCUUCGCAUUCGCAUCCCUCCGUCUCAGAGACCUGGGAAGCCUUACAGCAGAAAGUCAAACUGUACAUCCCGAAAGGCCACGUCUCGAUUGGCUCCACCUUAUUCGUGGACUAACAAUUGUCGUGGGUGAGCAUUGGCACACACUCAGACAGAGUCGAUUGAGGGCCUUCCUACACUACCGGUAUGUAAACGACGACUGGAAGUUUCAUCCACAGUUAUCUACACCAUCCCUCCCUCGUCUGAACCAUUAUGCACCGCGGUUAGAACGAUUUUCAGGCGGCGCUUAUGAAGCCAUCUCGAAUUUGCGAACCUUGACAACUAACACAGCAAGUAUGGGUACUCCGACCUCCAUGGACUCCUCAUACAGUUGUCUCUCGGAGAAGCAGGAUAUACACUCCCGGACUAUAGACGUCUUGGAGGAAAUGUAUAUGCGUAUCUUGCAUGUACUGCACUUUUCAAGGGGCGAGCCGGAUAUUGAGGCUUCAAUUGAUAUUGAAGCUGAUAUGGAAGAUUCGGCAGUCACGUCCUGGCCAAAUUUUGUUCCUCGUGAGUUUAUUUACAUGUUACACUUGAGCGAGGGGUUUGGGGCUUCUGAGGGUAUGUCAUAUACUAUUCUCGCUCAUUUCUAUUUGAUAUUUGCGCUAUUUGAAAACACAUGGUUCCUGAAGGGGGGAUUUGAGAAGGAGAUAUCAAAGAUAAAUACUCUGGUUUGUGAUUUAGGAGAUAGUCAAUUGGGCCUAUUAAUGCGGUGGCCAGUGGAAGUAAUCGCUCUGGAAUAAACAAGUAAGGCUCCUUCAUUUCACACUGGAGAGAUUGGCAGAUUAGGUUCUGUAAAGAAUCUCUAGCUCGUCCACGAUAAGGGUCCUUUCUACGGAAUGGAGAAGAAUUGGCUCAUGUUGUCGCACAAGGGGGUGUGAGAAGAAGAAAACUGGGUCGGUCCAAAUGAAAGGUUGAAGAACAAAAGUGCGACGGUGAUUGCUGCAGUUGACAGCAGCAGCAUGAAAGACCAAAAGUCGAGACGGAAGUCUGCCUUUAGCUUGUAACAAGUGAUGAAGGUAUCCCGGGCUGUCUUCUGACUAUUCUACUCGGAGUCCAUAUAUCAUAUAAGGACCUAAAUGCACGUUAGU